AUGAAGGCACCCGGUCCAGCAGUCGCCGGCGCCACUGGCGACACAUCACCGCAGGGGCCCGGCAGCCCGCGCCGCCGGGCCCGCCCCGCCCACGCCGCGUGCCCCUCGCCGCUGUGGCCCUUCGUCGCCGACGGCACCGGCAACAUCAACGCCCCCACGCUGCCAAAUGACCUGCGGGACACCAUUGUGGGGAUCGUGCUGCGGGAGUCCGACGGGAUCCCGCGCUGCGCGGCGAGGCAGCUGCUGCGCCUGACGUGCCGCGGCGCGCGCGCGUUCGUUGACGCGCGCGUCUGGAAGAUCGCCAUCGACGCCGACGGCGCCGCCGACGCGCCCGCCGCGGCCGCCUCCCUGGCGGCCCUCGCCGCGGCCGCGGCGACCGGCCGCCUGCCAUCGCUGUUGCGCUUGGAAUUACGAGUGACAGGCGGCGGCGCCGCCGCCGCCGCGUUUGAGGACGCGCUCCCGAGCCUGGGGCAGCUGCCGGCGCUCGAGGAGCUCCAGAUCAUCUCAUGGGGAUGCGAGCUGCGCGCGUGGACGAGGUGA